UCUCCCCUCAGCUUUGCAUUGUGUUGUCUUAUGCUGAUACUCUAACAGUGACAGAGAUAUAUACCAAUUCCUCUGUUUCCUUUUCAUUCCUUUUUCAGAGUAAUCCCAAUCAAACCAGUGGCUGUGCACAGCUCAAGCUCAAGCUCACGCUCAAGCUCAACAUCUGGCGUGGUGAUACCUCAGUCUCCACAGCAGAAAAGGUUCCCACCCAUGACACUACUCAUCUAGUACCUCGACCGAGUUUUCAUUUGAACGUUCCCAAACAAGCUUCCUGACACCAUAAUGGCUUCCUACCUCCCCGACGCUGUCACGGCGCCCAUAACGAAGGGUGCCGAUUAUCUCAAGAGUACAAUCGGUGGUUUGACUUGGGGCCCAGCUCUUUCUGUCUCAAAAGCUGCUGUCACUUCAUUGUUUGGACGAAUUGAGCGUGGUACACUGCUCGUCACCGAUGCCGAAACUGGAAAAACAACAUGUUAUGGGGCGAAGAUUGCAAAGGAAUACAAGGCCAAUGGAGUGAAUGGCGUGAAUGGACAUCAUAACUCGCGCAAAGCUGGUGCAGCAAGAAAGAUAGAAUUGAGAGUUGUCAAUCAAGCAUUUUGGGUGCGCCUAUUUCUGUUUGCCGAUAUGGGGUUCGCGGAGGCGUAUAUGCUGGGAGAAGUAGAAUGUGAUGACCUGACUGGAUUCUUCGAGCUUUUCAUCCAAAAUCGCAACCAACUGGCCAAUGCCACAACUCUAACCUCCUCUAUCGCCGCCACUAUCACAGGACUCGCCCGGAGUACCAACACUUUGUCAAAUUCUCUUCUCAACGUCUCCGCGCAUUACGAUAUCUCUAAUGAAAUGUUCGCUGCAUUCCUUUCCGAAGAUAUGACAUACUCAUGCCCGAUAUGGAAAUCCAUUUCCAGUGCUUCAUCCGAAUUUGAAGAGGAAACACUUGAAGAAGCACAGAGAACAAAACUCGAUCGAUUCAUAGACGGGGCAAAAAUCAAACCCUCGGAUCACGUAUUAGAGAUUGGUACUGGAUGGGGUUCAUUUGCCAUCCAAGCCGUUAAACGAACAGGAUGUCGUGUAACAAGUUUGACUUUAUCCGUUGAACAAAAAGCCUUGGCCGAAAAGCGCAUUUUUGCAGCCGGCUUUGCAGAUAGAAUCGAAGUGAAACUCAUGGAUUAUCGAGCAUUGCCUGUCCCGAAACAACCUUACGAUAAGAUAAUUUCCAUUGAGAUGCUUGAAGCUGUUGGGGCAGAAUACCUGGAAACGUAUUUCUCCUGCAUCCAUCGAUUCUUGAAACCAGAUGGAAUUGCCGUGUUCCAAUGCAUUACCAUGCCGGAGGGUCGAUAUGAGGCAUAUGCAAAGGGUGAGGAUUUUAUUCGAAAAUAUAUUUUCCCGGGGGGCCAUCUUCCUUCCAUUACACAAUUAAUUGAUAACAUCACCAAAGGUUCAGAAGGAACUUUGGUUGUUGAGAAGGUGGAGAAUAUCGGAGGUCAUUAUGCGAAGACAUUGCGAUUGUGGAAGGAAAAGUUCUUGGCAAAUUUCGAGUCGAGGAUUAGACCUGCCUUGAUGGCGGAGCACAAGGAGAUGGGUGAGAGAGAGGUAGAAGUAUUCAGAAAGAAGUGGGAGUACUACUUCACAUAUUGCGAAGCAGGUUUUGCAACAAAGACCCUUGGAGAUGCAAUAAUCACAGUGGGUAGAGAAGGAGCAUUGGAAUUGAUGGAUGGCAUUCCCCUAUAAUUUCGAGAUCUGGCUUUCUAUUGAGGUAAUUUUCUUGGAGCGCAUGGAGUCGGUGGAUGGGAGGGUCAUGAAUUUCUCUUCUCUCUAAUUUCCAAAAGUCAGAAUUGGCACUGCGUUAGAGUGGUGGUGCGUUAGACCAUAUAGACUUGACCUUUUUGUCAUGGAUAACCCAUAGUAUAUUUUAUUAGUGCUGGCUUUUUUUAUGCUUGCUAAUAAAAUAGUGCCUAGCUGGAAUGUGAUUGCCUUAUCGAUGCUCGUAAAAGUGUCUUUGGAUCUUGAAACCACCGCUCGAGUUGAUGCGUCUCUUUCUUAACGCCAGCCAAGCU